GCUGAGCGAGGGCUCGCGGGAGUCAGUAGUGCAUCUCACUCCUUUGGUGGGACUCGGAGCUGCUCCUUUCUGACCUCCAGCCCCAGCCUCUGGCCUCCAGCCUCCGCCGCAGCAUGCUUCGGGCCGCAGCCCUGCUCGGGCCCCGUCUGGGCCGCCGCCUUCUGUCCUCGGCCGCUCCGGCAGCCGUGCCCAUCCCCAACGAGAACCCCGAGAUCUUCUACAACAAGAUUUUCAUAAACAACGAAUGGCAUGAUGCCAUCAGCAAGAAGACUUUCCCCACUAUCAACCCAUCCACGGGAGAGGUGAUCUGCCAAGUGGCCGAGGGGGACAAGGCAGACGUGGACAAGGCAGUGAAAGCUGCGAGGGAUGCAUUUCGCCUGGGCUCCCCAUGGAGGAAGAUGGAUGCAUCGCACAGAGGGAGGCUUUUGAAUAGACUGGCAGACCUGAUCGAAAGGGACCGGGCUUACUUGGCCACCCUGGAGACCUUGGACAACGGCAAACCCUACGCCAUCUCCUACCUUGUGGAUUUGGACAUGGUUCUCAAAUGCCUUCGGUAUUACGCAGGCUGGGCUGACAAGUACCAUGGGAAGACUAUCCCCAUCGAUGGAGAUUUUUUCAGCUAUACACGCCAUGAGCCUGUCGGGGUGUGUGCCCAGAUCAUCCCAUGGAACUUCCCACUGCUGAUGCAGGCCUGGAAACUGGGACCGGCCCUGGCCACAGGAAACGUGGUGGUGAUGAAGGUGGCUGAGCAGACCCCCCUGACUGCCCUCUAUGUGGCCAACCUAAUCAAGGAGGCUGGCUUCCCCCCUGGAGUGGUCAACAUCAUCCCGGGAUAUGGCCCAACAGCAGGCGCUGCCCUCGCUUCCCACAUGGAUGUGGACAAGGUGGCGUUCACUGGCUCCACUGAGGUCGGGAGCCGCAUCCAGGUGGCUGCGGGGAGCAGCAACCUAAAGAGAGUGACCCUGGAGCUGGGCGGCAAGAGCCCCAACAUCAUCAUGUCGGAUGCCGACAUGGACUGGGCUGUGGAGCAGGCCCACUUUGCUCUGUUCUUCAACCAGGGCCAGUGCUGCUGUGCUGGCUCCCGGACUUUCGUGCAAGAAGACAUCUACCCCCAGUUUGUGGAGAAGAGUGUGGCCCGGGCCAAGUCCCGGGUGGUGGGGAACCCCUUUGACAGCCGCACGGAGCAGGGGCCUCAGGUAGAUGAACAACAGUUUAAGAAGAUUCUUGGCUACAUCAAGUCAGGGAAAGAGCAGGGAGCCAAGCUGCUGUGUGGAGGGGGGCCUGCUGCCGACCAGGGCUUCUUCAUUCAGCCCACCGUCUUUGCGGAUGUGCAGGAUAACAUGACCAUCGCCUCCGAGGAGAUCUUUGGGCCAGUGAUGCAGAUUAUGAAGUUUAAGACCAUCGAAGAGGUGGUGGAGAGAGCCAACGAUUCCAAGUAUGGGCUGGCCGCAGCAGUCUUCACAAGAGACCUGGACAAGGCCAAUUAUCUCUCCCAGGCACUGCAGGCUGGCACAGUGUGGAUAAAUUGCUAUGAUGUAUUUGGGGCGCAAUCACCAUUUGGAGGUUACAAGAUGUCUGGGAAUGGGCGAGAGCUGGGCGAGUAUGGUCUACAGGCAUACACAGAAGUGAAAACUGUCACGGUCAAAGUUCCUCAGAAGAAUUCAUAGAGAAGAAUGUGGGACUUCCCCCACCAUGGCCACAGUUGAAGUUUGGGGAUUAGAACCUGGACCAAGAAGAGGCCCCCUUGUUCACUAGUGUCUCUUUAGAGAAACAAUCAAAAAACCUUGUGGAAUGAAAGGGUUCUGUGGUGAGGGGAAAAUCUUUUUUUUUUUUUUAACUGCAACAACGUUAAAAGCGAUGGGUCACUUUUUUAUACCCAAGACAUUUUAAUAUGUUGGUUAACAUUUUUGUCAGCAAUUUUUGACACCUUUUUUUUUUUUUUUGCUUUAGGGCUAAACCUUAUUAAAAACCUUGAUACCUUU